CGCUACUCGGGGAGGUGGGGAGCCGCUCUAGGCUGCGGCCGGGACUGGGACACCCGGAAGAGCAAGUGCGGGCCAACCUCAGAGCUUGGGGCGCGGCCCAGAGUCGCGUGUGAUGGAGAUGGCCCCCUGUGCUGGUCCCCAAGAGUUCUGCUGAUUUGGCACGCACUCGUUCAACAUCAAGAGGGACAACUGAAGCACUCGCUUGAGAACUGCACCCUGCAGCUGCUUGCCAUAGUUAAGGUAGUUUACUAAGAAAAUUUGUAUUCACAGUUGCUUCGAAACAGAAAGCUGAGAACCGCCGGGAAGCCCGGAAGCCAGGAGCCAUACCAAGAUUCUCAAAAACUUAUUCUCAACCAAGCCAACAUUGUCCUGCCAACGUCUGCCCUCCCUCCCUGAUUUACUGAAUGUGACUUGCAAAGUCUCCAGAAAAUCAAACUAGUCUAAAAGUUCCAGAUCAAAGAACUUCGCAAAGGCAUAUUUCAAGCUUCUAAUACAAAAAGUAAAAGCUGUCAGAAGAGUGGUGUGCAGGGUGUGGCUUGCCUGGCUCCAGCUGAGCUGCAGGGAGAGGUCCCCACACUGCUGCCGAGACCUGGCCUUUCAGGUUCAGUUUUACUGGAAAAAGAGAAGAAAAAUACCUCCUGAAAUUCCAGAAGGAGUCUCACGUAGGUGGAUGCACAACCCCCCAGCUAAUUAUAGGAACAAACUUGAAGCUCUGACAUGAAUGAACAAGUAAUUCUGCCUGAAAAGAUCAAAGACUGGACAAAAGAACAUGUUAAAAAAUGGGUAACAGAAGAGCUUAAGAUUGAUGAAAAAUAUGGACAAAUUCUGCUGAAUGAAGAAGUGACAGGAUUAGUCCUGCAGGAAUUGACUGAGAAGGAUCUCAAAGAAAUGGGGCUGCCACGGGGUCCAGCACUUUUGAUAAAACGAAUGUAUAACAAAUUGAAUACAAGUUUCCCUGAAAGUGACAAUCCUGACUCCAGACAAUCAGAUAAUACAAAAUCCUCCAAAAAAGAACAUCAAAAAAACCCAAAACUGACCAAAAAAGAGGAGACAGAAUUAAUGUCAUCCCAUAUUGAUCAAGACUUCAGAGAGAUCAGGAAUACCAAAGGCCAGGAAUCUAUUCUCGUGACAGAAAAUGCAGUAAGUGAAGUAUCAGACACUACAGACAAGAAAAAGAACAAACCAAAAACUGAAAAUUUCACCUGCCUUCCAUAUCCCUUUGAUAACUUCCAUGACAGUAAAAGAUACAUAGAACAUUAUAUCCUACAACCUGAAACAGGACCACUAAAUCUCAUUGACCCAAUACAUGAGUUCAAAGCUCUCACAGAUACAGAAUAUGCCACAGAAGAGGGUCUUAAAAUGAAAUUCAGCAAUGAAGCCUUCCGAUUUGCAUCAGCUUGUAUGAAUACACGCACAAAUGGUACCAUCCAUUUUGGAGUCAAAGACAAACCCCACGGAGAAAUUGUCGGUGUGAAAGUCACCAAUAAGGGUGCCUUCAUUGAUCAUUUCAAUAAAAUGAUCAAAAAGUAUUUUGAAGAAAGUGAGAUCCAUGAAGCCAAGCAGUGUAUCCGAGAGCCAAGGUUUGUGGAAGUCUUACUGCAGAACAAUACUCUAUCAGACAGGUUUGUCAUUGAAGUGGAUGUCAUUCCCAAGCACUCGGUGUGCAAAGAAAAGUAUUUCUACGUUAAGCUGCAAAGUGAAACGGACAAAAUAUGGAAACAAAAUGAAAACUGUUCACUGUUUGUGAGAGAUGGAGCCAGCACCAAGGAUAUACUGGCCAAUGUUAAGCAACGGAAUAAAGAUUUUAAAAAAUUUUUUGAAAACUUACCAUCAUGUGUAGCAUCUAGAAAAGAUGCUGAAGAGGAACACCGAAUGAAAGUGACAAGGAGAGAGAGUGAAGGACUAAAACUGGUUAAACUUCUCAUCGGAAACCGAGACUCAUUGGAUAAUUCAUAUUACAACUCCUACAUUCUUGUGAUAAAUAAAAGCCAUCCAAAUCAAAUACAGCACUUGGACUUUCUAAAAGAAAUUCAGUGGUUUGCUGUGUUGGAGUUUGAUCCUGAAUCUAGGAUCCACGGUGUGGCCAAAGCUUACCAAAAAAGUCGAGUAGCAAACAUGCACUUCCCAAAUCAGUAUGAAGAAAAUAAAACCACGAUGAGAGAGAAAAUUUCUACUCUGAAUCUUUAUGAGCAAACCAGCUGGAUCUUCUGUAACGGCAGAUCAGACCUGCAAAGUGACACAUAUAAACCUCUAGAAUCACAUUUAUGGCAGAGAGAUAGAGCAUGUGAGUUUAGAAAACUUAUUUUAUUUCUCACAGAUGAAAACUUAAUGGCAAGAGGAAAAUUAUUAGUGGUGUUCCUCUUACUCUCCUCAGUGGAAAGCCCAGGAGAUCCAUUCACUGAAGCUUUCUGCGCUUUCUAUCAAGCUCUCAAAGGAAUGGAAAAUAUGUUGUGUAUCUGUGUCAACACAAAGAUUUACCAGCGAUGGAAAGACCUAUUGCAAACAAGAUUGACAAUUGCAGAUGAAUUAGCAAACCACAGUAUCUCCACUUUAGAUAUAGAACUAGUAAACAGUACUAUCCUUAAACUAAAAUCAGUGACUCAGUCAUCAAGGAAGUUUUUGCCCGCGUAUGGUUCUUCCUCAGUUAUCCUAGAGAAAAAGGAAGAGGAUACCUUCACUGCGCUCCAAAUCCUUUCUGAAAAUGAAUGUAAGGACACAGAUAUAGAGAAAGAUAAAUCCAAAUUCCUAGAAUUUAGGAAAUCAAGAGAAGAACACUUUUAUCGAGGUGGCAAAGUAUCCUGGUGGAACUUCUACUUUUCUUCUGAAAACUAUUCUUCAGCUUUUGUGAAAAGAGACAUGUAUGACAACCUUAAAAUUUUGAUAGAAGACUGUGCAGAUUGUUCUAAACCAGUAUUUGCAAAAAUCAUCAAUCUUUAUCAUCAUCCAGGCUGUGGAGGUACGACACUGGCAAUGCAUGUUCUCUGGGACCUAAAGCAAAACUACAGGUGUGCUGUAUUAAAAAACAAAGCAAUUGAUUUUGCAGAAGUCGGAGAACAAGUAAGCAACUUGAUCACCUAUAAGGCAACUAGCCACCAGGAUUUUAUUCCCGUGCUUCUGCUUGUGGAUGAUUUUGAAGAACAGGAAAAUGUCUGCAUUCUACAGAAUGCCAUCCACUCCAUUUUAGUAGACAAGGAUUUGCCAUAUAAAAAGACACCGGUAAUUAUCUUAAACUGCAUGCGAUCCCAGAAUCCAGAUGAAAGUGCAAAAUUAGCAAACAGCAUUUCACUAACAUAUACCCUUUCUUCCAAGGAGCAAAGAGCUUUUGAGGCCAAGCUAGAAGAAAUUGAAAAGCAACACAAAAACUGUGAAAACUUUUAUUCCUUCAUGAUCAUGAAAGGCAAUUUUGAUGAAGCAUAUAUAGAAAAUGUAGUAAGAAACAUACUAAAAGAACAGAAUGUUAACAGCAAGGAAGCUCAACUUAUUUCUUUCCUUGCUCUGCUCAAUUCUUAUGUUACUGAUUCUACAAUUUCAUUGUCGCAGUGUGAAAUGUUCUUAGGAAUCAUUCAUACUAGUACACCCUGGAAACCUGAAAGCCUAGAAGACAAGAUGGGAACCUAUUAUACACUUCUAAUAAACACAGAAGUUGCAGAAUAUGGAAGAUACACAGGUGUGCGUAUCAUUCACCCUCUGAUUGCCAUUUACUGUCUAAAAGAACUGGAAAAGAGCUACCACAUGGAUAAGUGUCAGAUUGCAUUGAACAUGUUAAAUGAGAAUGUGUUCUACGAUUCUGGAAUAGCAAGAGACAAAUUUCAACACGAUGUGCAGACUCUUCUGCUUACACGGCAGCGCAAGGAGUAUGGAGCUGAAACAGACACUUUAUUUUCCCCAUUAAUUGAAACUUUGCAGAACAAAGAAAUUGAAAAAGUCUUGUUUCGAGGAAGUAGUCGAUUCCCACAAAAUGCAUUCAUUUGUCAAGCUUUAGCAAGGUAUUUCUACAUUAAAGAGAAGAACUUUAGUGCUGCUCUAGACUGGGCAAAUUUGGCCAAAAGCAGAGCACCUAAAAAUUCCUAUAUCUCAGAUACACUUGGUCAAGUCUACAAAAGUGAGAUCAAAUGGUGGUUGGAUAAAAACAAAAACUGUAAGAGCAUUACUGUUAAGGAUCUAACACAUUUGCUGGAAGCUGCUGGAAAAGCUGCAAGAGCUUUCAAAGAAUCCCAACAGCAAACUGAUAGUAAAGAAUAUGAAACUGAGACUUGGUCGGCCCAGAAGCCACAAAGAAGGUAUGACAUGUACAAUACAGCUGGUUUCCUGGGUGAAAUAGAAGUCAGUCUUUACACGAUCCAGAUUCUUCAGCUCACUCCCUUCUUCCACAGAGAAAAUCAACUGUCUCAAAAAUCCAUGGUGCAAUUUUUAUCCGGGAAGGGAAACAUUCCUCCUGAUCCUAAAAAUGAAUAUUACUUGGCUCUUAGCAAAUUCACAGCCCAGCUACAAAAUUUGCAAGCAGAUUUGAUGAAGUGCUUCCAUUUUUUUGGUGAUUAUAUGGUUCUCCUGAAAACAAGGAGUAUCCAGAAAGAAAUGGCAGAAUUCAAACUAAGCAAGAAAAUCAGUCACUAUUACAAGCAAUACACAGAACUUUUCUGCUGUGCAGAUGUGACUCCAUCACAAGGGAAAGAGAAUCAGUUACUCCAGGAAGAGAAUUGCAGAAAACGUCUAGAAGCUUUGAGAGCAGACAGGUUUUCUGGACUCCUUGAAUAUCUUAAUCCAAACCUCAAAGGAGCUGCAAGCAUCAUGGAAAGUAUAGUGAAUGAAUAUGCCUUCUUAUUGCAGCAAAACCCAAAUAAAAGGCCAGUGAAAGAGAAACAAAAUUUCAUUUUGGCCAACAUUAUUCUCAGUUGUUUAAAAUCCACUUCCAAGUCCGUCCAACCACUGAGUGUACUAAAACAACAGCUCCGAGAAGUCCUGCAAUCUGUAGGACUUAGUCAUCCCUAUCCAGAUCCUUAUUUCUUGGCCUGCCUCCUGUUCUGGCCAGAAAAUCAAGAGCUAGAUAAAGAUUCCAAACUAAUGGAAAAGUAUGUCUUAUCCUUAAACAGAUCCUUCAGAGGCCAGUACAAGCGCAUGUGCAGAUCCAAGCAAGCAAGCACACUUUUCUAUCUGGGAACUAAAAUGGGUCUCAACAGUCUUAUUCACAAGGCCGAGAUAGAGAAAGACAUCAGUAAAGAAAAAAAUACAAAUUCCUUCUGGCAAAGUGGAGAAGUGUGGAAAAGAAAAGAAGUCAUAUCCCUCCUGCGUCGGCUAACUGGUCAGGCCGAAGGCAAGCUAAUCUCUAUAGAAUAUGGGACAGAGGAAAAAAUAAAAAUACCAGUGACAUCUGUGUAUUCAAACCCACUCAGAAGUGGUAGAAACAUAGAAAAAGUCUCCUUCUACCUAGGAUUUUCCAUUGAAGGUCCUCUGGCAUAUGAUAUAAAAAUAAUUUAAGGAGUAAGCAAUAGUUGAAAUAUGUUUACUUCUAUCUGUCUAAGGUUAUACUCUCUCUAUUCUGUCCUUUUCAUGACAUUAUUGGCCUAACCAUAAGCAUCAACUUCUCUUUGUUUGUCAGAACGGAUUACAAGUCUUUACAGGAUACAAAGUGUGUCUAUACCAGAAUGACACACCAUACAGUCAGUCAUUUAAUAUUUCUAAUGUGUAUUGUCAAACUAACACAGUUAAUUAAGAAGUUUCAAUCAGUAUCCACUGGUACACAUUCACUGGUUAUAGGUUAAUAAAAUCUGUUUUAAAUUCAA